AAAGGGAGGAUGGAGAAGUCAAAGGACGAUGAGCAGAGAUUCGUGUUUGACUCCUCGGUUGACCACAAUGGACGAGUUCCAUGCAGAACCUCCACCGGGUGUUGGAAGGCGUCCCUAUUCAUCGUAGCAAUCGAGUUCAGUGAGCGGCUGAGCUACUUCGGACUGGCCACCAACCUCAUCAUAUACCUCACCAAGGUGCUGCGUCAGGAGCUGAAGACGGCAGCCAAGAACGUCAACUACUGGAGCGGCGUCACCACGGUGGUGCCGCUCGUCGGUGGCUUCAUCGCCGACGCAUACCUGGGGAGGUUCUCCACUGUUAUCAUCUCCACCCUCAUCUACAUCGGAGGUCUCCUCCUGUUGACGAUGUCGCAGAUCGUCCCGCGGCUGAAGCCGUGCGACCCCGUCACCUGCGGCAGGUCACUGGGCCUCCACGAGGUCAUCUUCUUCCUGGCCAUGUACUUGAUCUCCCUUGGCACGGGUGGCCACAAGCCGUCGCUCGAGAGCUUCGGCGCUGACCAGUUCGACGACAACCACGACGAGGAGCGGAGAAAGAGGAUGUCCUUCUUCAAUUGGUGGAACUUCGCCCUCUGCAGCGGGUUGAUCCUUGGGGUCACCGUGGUCGUUUACGUGCAGGACAGAGUAGGCUGGUGGCAGGCCGACGUCGCGCUUACUGCCACCAUGGCUUUGAGCCUGGUGAUCUUCCUCGCGGGCAGGCCGUUCUACCGCUACCGGAAGCCGGAGGGAAGCCCGUUAACGCCCAUGCUGCAGGUCGUAGCGGCGGCCAUGGCCAAACGACACCUUCCUCUUCCUUCAGAUGCCAGAGAACUCUGUGAGGUGCCGGAAACACAGACGACUAGUAAGAGGCUUCUCUGCCACACUAAUAAGCUACGAUUUCUCGACAAAGCUGCCAUUAUCGAGCAGAAACACGACGAAGCUGCAACCGCCGCCGCCGGAAAGCAGAACCCAUGGCGGCUAGCCACGGUGACGCAGGUGGAGGAACUCAAGCUAGUCCUAUCCAUGGUGCCCAUAUGGAUAACCGUACUACCGUUCGGCAUUUGCAUCGCGCAGACCAACACCUUCUUCGUCAAGCAAGGAAGCGUCAUGGACAGACAAAUCGGCAAUGGAUUCAUCAUCCCUGCGGCCUCCAUAUUCUCCCUCGGUGCUCUGGGUAUGGUCAUCUCCGUCACCUUCUAUGAAAGAAUGCUGGUUCCCUUCCUGAGAAGAGUCACGGCCGACGAGAGGGGCGUCAGCAUCCUCAGAAGAAUCGGCAUCGGCAUGGCGAUCACAACGGUGGGUAUGAUCUCUGCUGCACUGGUGGAAAUGAAGAGACUUAAGGUAGCGGAGAAGGAAGGAACCAAUGCGGUCUCCAUGAGUGUGUUGUGGCUGGCGCCUCAAUUCGUGAUCAUAGGAGUUGGAGAUGGAUUUGCGUUGGUCGGCUUGCAAGAGUACUUCUACGAUCAAGUUCCCGAUAGUAUGAGGAGUCUGGGUAUCGCCUUCUACCUGAGUGUACUGGGAUUGGCCAACUUCAUCAGCAGCGUCUUGAUCACCGUGGUCGAUCGUAUAACUUCGAGAGAAGGAAGAGGAAGUUGGUUUGCCAAGGAUGUGAACAAGAGCCGGUUGGAUCUCUUCUACUGGUUGCUGGCCAUCAUGGGCGCGCUGAACCUGUGUUGCUAUGUGUUCUUGGCAAGAAGUUACUCUUACAAGAAGGUGCACCAGAGAAGGGUGGGAGUUAUCGAUUCCUCCGAAGAUGAUGUCUAA